CGCAGACGAAGAGAAUGAUGUUCCUGAAGCAGGCGGCGCGCGCGCUGGCGCUGCUGUUCGCCGUGGCGCUCGUGGCGCGCGCGGCCGAGUUCGAGGAGGAGGACGACGUGCUGGUGCUCACGGAGAGCAACUUCGCCGAGGCCGUCUCGGGCCACGACACGCUGCUGGUCGAGUUCUACGCGCCGUGGUGCGGCCACUGCAAGAAGCUGACGCCCGAGUACGCGGCGGCGGCCAAGAACCUCAAGGAGCUGGACCCGCCCAUCCGCCUCGCCAAGGUGGACGCCACGGCCGAGAGCAAGCUGGCCGAGCAGUUCGCCAUCCGCGGCUUCCCCACGCUCAAGUUCUUCAAGGGCGACGUGGACGCCGUCAAGGACUACGACGGCGGCCGCACGUCGGCUGAGAUCGAGAAGUGGGUGGUCAAGAAGUCGGGCCCCGCUGUCAAGAUCGUGGAGAGCGCCGAGGAGCUCGAGGAGAUCAAGGAGGCCAACGACGUGGUCGUGUUCGCCGUGGUCGACGCCGAGGAGGGCGAGGCCCGCACGAUGCUCGAGAAGCUCGCGGACGCCGACGACCUGGCCGUGUACGUGGCCUCCACCAGAAAGGACGUGACGGAGGACGCCGCCGCGGUCAACAAGGUGGUGCUGUACAAGAAGUUCGACGAGGGCAAGGUCAUCUACGACGGCGAGUUCGAGAAGGAGGCUCUGGGCGAGUUCGUCAAGUCCAACAGCCUGCCGCUUGUCAUCACGUUCACGCAGGACAAGGCCCCCAUGAUCUUCGGCGGCGACAUGACCGAGCACGUGCUGGCCUUCGUCGACACGACCAAGGACUACGUGUCGGGCAUCGAGGCGGCCCUCAAGGUGCCUGCCAAGGCCAACAAGGGCAAGCUGCUGCACGUCAUCAUGCCCAGCACGGAGAAGCGCAUCGUGGACUACUUCGGCCUGAAGGACGAGGAGAUGCCGGCAGUGAUGCUGGUGAACAUGGCCGGCUCCAUGAAGAAGUACGGCUUCGACUACAAGGCUGACGACUUCGAGGCCAAGAUCGAGGACGGCCUCGUCGAGGACCUGGUUGCCUUUGAGAAGAGCUACUUCGAGGGCAACCUCACGCCUCUGCUCAAAUCCGCCGACCCCGAGGACGACAGCGACGAGGCCGUCAAGGUCAUCGUGGGCACGGAGUUCCAAGAGCGCGUGAUCGACAACGAGAAGGACGUCCUGCUCGAGUUCUACGCCCCGUGGUGCGGUCACUGCAAGGCUCUGGCCCCCAAGUACGAGGAGCUGGCCGAGAAGUUCGCGGACGUGGACAGCAUCAUGAUUGCCAAGAUGGACGCCACGGCCAACGAGAUCGACCACCCUGGCGUGGACGUGCGCGGCUUCCCGACGCUGAUCUUCUUCCCUGCCAAGGACAAGCAGAACCCGAUCGUGUACGAGGGCUCUCGCGACGUGGAGGGCUUCACGGAGUUCCUGAAGACCAACGCUCAGAAGUUCGAGCUGGACGGCUCGGAGCACGGCGCGGAGAAGCAGGAGGCCGCGGACGAGGACGAGGAGGACGCCAAGGAGGAGAAGAAGGAGAAGAAGGAGGAGGGCGCCGAGCACGAGGAGCUGCACUUCGCGCUUGAGCGCUCCGUUUCGCUGUACGAGGCACUGUCGGCGCACGUGCUGGACGCGUCCACAGGGACGUACGUUUCCUGGGUGGCGUCGAGCAGCUUUUUCCUAUCCGCGGCGGCGCUGCUCUUCGCCUUCGUCCCGCGAGAGCUCUACCAGGAGCUGGCGGGGUGCCACACCCAGCAGUAG